CCGGGGGGACCCCAGGGCUCCCGGGCGGCGCGGGCACAGCCCCGGUGCCCCGGCCGGCGCUGACGGACACGCGGCUCUGCGAGCCCCCCCGGCACCCGCGGGCCACCAUGGACCCCCAGAGCGACGCAGAGGGUGGGUCCGGCCGCGAGCCCCCGCUGGAGCUGCUGCCCCGUGUCCCCCUGCACGCUGCCCUGCCCGCCCCAGCGUGUCCGGCGGGGCCGGAGGGGCCGGAGGGCCCGGGGCCCGAGGCGGGGGUGGACGCGGGGCUGGCGGCGGCGCGGGAGCAGCAGCUGCAGCGGGAGCUGGUGGCCCUGAAGCAGCAGCAGCAGCUCCAGAAGCAGCUGCUCUUCGCCGAGUUCCAGAAGCAGCACGAGCACCUCACCCGCCAGCACCAGGUGCAGCUCCAGAAGCACCUCAAGCAGCAGCAGGAGGCCCUGGCAGCCCGGCGGCAGCAGGAGCUGGAGCAGCAGCGGCAGCGGGAGCGGCAGGAGCUGGAGCAGCAGCGCCUGGAGCAGCUGCAGAGCCUGCGCCCCAAGGAGCGGGGCCGGGACAGCGCCAUCGCCAGCACGGAGGUGAAGCUGAAGCUCCAGGAAUUCCUGCUCAGCAAGACGAAGGAGCCGGGCCCCGGCCCCCCCAACCAUUCCCUCCCCCAGCACCCCAAAUGUUGGGCUCACCACACCUCGUUGGACCAGAGUUCCCCCCCGCAGACCGGCAGCCCGGGGACCCCCCCGUCCUACAAGCUCCCCCUCCUCGGCACCUACGACGGCCGGGACGAUUUCCCGCUCCGCAAAACCGCGUCCGAGCCCAACCUGAAGGUGCGCUCGCGGCUGAAGCAGAAGGUGGCGGAGCGGAGGAGCAGCCCCCUCCUGCGGCGCCGCGACGGCUCCGUGCUCAGCGCCUUCCGCAAGCGCCACGUGGAGAUCACCGUGUCAUCAGUCUGCAGCAGCGCCCCCGGGUCGGGGCCCAGCUCCCCCAACAGCUCCCACGGUGCCCACAACGGCCUGGCCGCCUCUGUCCCCAACAUCCACAGCGAGCAGCUCCUGCCCCAGCCCCGCGCCCUGGCCCUGGACGGGGCCCAGCUCAGCCUCUACACGUCCCCAUCGCUGCCCAACCUGUCCCUGGGGCUGCAGGCCACUGUCACCGUCACCAGCGCCCACCUCCCCGUGUCCCCCAAGCUGUCGCCGCAGGCGGAGGGCGAGCGGCCGGGGGUGCCCCCGGGGGUGUCCCCGCUGCGCGCCGGGGCCGCCCUCACCGGGAAGUUCCUGAGCACGUCCUCGAUCCCGGGCUGCCUGCUGGGGGUGGCCCUGGACGGGGGGGACGCCCCCAGCGGGUCCCCGUCCCUGCUGCAGCACGUGCUGCUGCUGGAGCAGGCGCGGCAGCAGAGCACCCUCAUUGCUGUGCCCCUGCACGGGCAGUCCCCGCUGGUGGCGGCAGAGCGGGCCGGGGCUGCCCGCGGGGGGGGCAGCAAGCUGCCGCGGCACCACCGGCCCCUGAGCCGCACGCAGUCCUCGCCCCUGCCCCAGAGCCCCCAGGCGCUGCCCCACGGGCCCCUCCAGCAGCACUUCCUGGACAAGCAGCAGCUCCAGCUGGCCAAGCUGCUCCCCAAGGGGGCGGAGCUGGCACGGCAGCCCCCCACGCACCCCGAGGAGACGGAGGAGGAGCUGACGGAGCAGCAAUCGCCCCCCCCGGGGGACAGGGGCCCCCCCCUCGGCCCCCCCAUCGCCCUGGUGUCCCCGGAGGCCGGGGACCCCCCGGAGCAGCCCCAGGAGCCCCAGGGCUGCCAGGAGCCGGGGGACAGCGGGGACGAGGCCCCUGGGGACCCCGACGUCACCGAGCUGGGGGUCACCUACAAGCAGGUGUACCCCGAGGCGCCGCUGCAGCUCUUCCCCGCGCCCCCCCUGGGGGUCCUGGCUGUGCCCCACGCCGCCCUCGCCCGCACACAAUCGUCCCCGGCCAGCGUGAAACCCCCCCAGCCCGAGGGGCCCCCCAAGCACCUCUUCACCACAGGUGUGGUGUACGACACGUUCAUGCUGAAGCACCAGUGCACCUGCGGCAACACCACCAUCCACCCCGAGCACGCCGGCCGCAUCCAGAGCAUCUGGUCCCGGCUGCAGGAGACGGGGCUGCUGGGCAAGUGUGAGCGGAUCCGGGGCAGGAAGGCGACGCUGGAGGAGAUCCAGACGGUGCACUCGGAGCACCACGCGCUGCUCUACGGCACCAGCCCGCUGAACCGCCAGAAACUGGACAGCAAAAAGCUGCUGGGUCCCAUCACUCCGAAGACGUACGCGGUGCUGCCGUGCGGGGGCAUCGGGGUGGACAGUGACACGGUGUGGAACGAGCUGCACUCGUCCAGCGCCGUGCGCACGGCCGUGGGCUGCCUGCUCGAGCUGGCCUUCAAGGUGGCCGCAGGGGAGGUCAAGAACGGCUUCGCUGUCAUCCGCCCCCCAGGCCACCACGCCGAGGAGUCCACGGCCAUGGGCUUUUGCUUCUUCAACUCCGUGGCCAUCUCGGCCAAGCUGCUGCAGCAGCGGCUCAGCGUGGGCAGGAUCCUCAUCGUGGACUGGGACAUCCACCACGGCAACGGGACCCAGCAGGCCUUCUACAGCGACCCGCACGUGCUCUACAUCUCCCUGCACCGCUACGACGACGGCAACUUCUUCCCGGGCAGCGGCGCCCCCGAGGAGGUGGGCAGCGGGCUGGGCGUGGGCUACAACAUCAACAUCGCCUGGACCGGCGGCGUGGACCCCCCGAUCGGGGACGUGGAGUACCUGACGGCCUUCAGGACGGUGGUGAUGCCCAUUGCCAAGGAGUUCUCCCCGGACCUGGUGCUGGUCUCCGCCGGCUUCGACGCCGUCGAGGGCCACCUGUCCCCUCUCGGUGGCUACUCCGUGACCGCCAAGUGUUUCGGGCACCUGACCAAGCAGCUGAUGAUGCUGGCGGGCGGCCGGGUGGUGCUGGCGCUGGAGGGGGGACACGACCUGACGGCCAUCUGCGACGCCUCCGAGGCCUGUGUCACCGCCCUGCUGGGCCUCGAGCUGGAGCCCCUGGACCCAGCCCUGCUGCAGCAGAAGCCCAACGUCAACGCGGUGGCCACGCUGGAGAAGGUCAUCGAGAUCCAGAGCCGGCACUGGGGCUCUGUCCGGCGCUUUGCCGCCGCCGUGGGCCGGUCCCUGCUGGAGGCGCAGCGCGGGGACACCGAGGAGGCCGAGACGGUGACAGCCAUGGCCCUGCUGUCCGUGGGGGCUGAGCACGGCAGGACGGAGCCACAGGCCAGGCCAGCGGAGGAGCCCAUGGAGGCCGAGCCCACGCUCUGA